GGCGAGAUGAGGUCGGACGAUAGUAAACAAUUAAUAUUUCUAUAGGAGCGGAGGUCAGUGACAGGAGGAGAACAGAAAAAUGACGCGAAGAAAGUCGAAUAACAAUGGCCGCUUAAUUAUCUUCUCGUUACCGCCAGAAAAAGAUCGCCGUUCAAACAAACAAAACCGGUAGGGAAAUGCCGACUCGGAAUAUAAACCCGGGCGAUAAAUAAUUAAAAUUGCGUAAAAUUCGAAAGGCCGCGACAGAAAAUAGACAAAUCCGCGAUUAAAAGGAUGACCGUCUAAUUAUUUAACGACGCCACGUAAACGAAUAAAUAAACCGCAUCCUCUUUUUUUUACACGCAAUAAUGGCUGAGAUAAUUGCGUGUAUCCAAUAAUGGAAUUUUGGGAGGACACUUUCUCGCUUGGACUAAAAAUCCGUCUGGUUGUAGAGUCGAUCCAUUGGUGGAACACCUAGUAUUAUCCGGGUGACGAGUGACGGGAAGCGUGGUAUUUUGAAUAGAGUCGCGCGUCACGUGACCGACGAUGGCUAUAAAAUUGUGCCCACCGCCGGGAUCGCUCUACCAUCAUUUAUCGACAGCCAUGAAAUUUUCCACCGCCGCCACUCCGCCGCUCAAGAUGUUUUCCGCCCUCGUCUUUCUGCUUUUACUCUCGUCCACUCGAAGCGAAGACGAUCAUCGGAACGAGGGAUCCGACUCUAAAAAUAACAACCAGGACGGCAACAAACAAGAUACGAAACACGGAAACAACGCUCACGCCGGCGACGGAGGCGGUUACGGCUACAGACCACCCUCUUACGGAGAUUCCCAUUACGGUUACGGCGGUUACGGAUACUACCCUCCCGGUUCCGGCUACGGAGGAAGACCUUACGGACAGGGCGGCUACGGCCACUACGGAGGUUACGGAGACAGAUACGGUUACGGCGACAGGUACGGAUACGGAGACAGGUACGGUUACGAUCCGUAUCCCGGAGGCUACUCCUCCAGUCCGGGAGGAGGUUACGGAAACGGCUACAGCUACAGAGAGUGGCCCAACAGAGGUUGGCAAGAUCGUCACGGAAACGAAUACUACAACCGCGGCGGUUACGGAGUCAAAAACUUCGACAGAGGAGGUUACGAUCGGUACGGAAGCGGCUACGAUCGCUACGGAGCGGGUUACGACCGUUACGCCGGCGGCUUCGAUCGCUACGGAAGCGGUUACGAUCGUUACGGAAGCAAUUACGAUCGCUACGGAAGUAGGAGACACGGACAGUCUUACGGACAGAGAUACGGGUCCAAAUCGGGUUUCGACAGAUACGACCCCCCUCCCAGAGUGGGAGUGAGUAAAGACUGGACCGAGUAUUAUCCCAGAAGAUGGUGGUAAAUUGGAAAACGGCAGCCGACGCAGGAUUAAUUGUUUGUAUACACUUAAUCGUUACGACCGUGUUUAACUGUUUAAAUAGGCUUAUUUAUUAUAUUUAAUACUCUUGAGAGACGAUUCUCGUCACGUCUUUGGCCCUUUCGACUUUCUCCCAGGAAGGAAAUGUACAGAAGUCCUUGUUCAAUAAAUUGUAUCAUUCUAAAAGCUUUACCAAAGUUCCCGCGCACAUUUCUUACAUUUUGCGGCAACGUAAACAAAACUUAGUCUAUUCCGGCCUUUUUUUCAUUUUAUCCGCUCAAUUCUAACGUUUCUCACCGAAAAAUUCA